AGCAGAUCCAUUAGGCAUACAAGUAACUCCCUGGGGAAGUGCUGUUCUGUACCCUUUUUAGAACUUGAUGAAUUAGGAUGUUGCCAAUUUUCGUAUUUAUUUCUACAUUUCAACGUAAAAUGAGAUCCGAUGCUUCUUCAAACUACUUGAGAAAAUAGAAAGAUUUUUGUUGGCUAAGACGUAUAGAGAAGGAUUUUCAUAGCUAAACUGGAAUGAAGAUAUUCCAAGUUUUGGAGCAACACAGCUCGUGAAGGCAUAAGAAAGUAACUAACUGCAGCGUGCACGGUUGCUGCUGCCAUGUUGCCCACAUAACUCGUCCCACGCGUUAGCAACGUUAACCACAAAAUAAAAAUGGAACCCAACAUAUAUAUAUAGGAAGUGUUUAUAUAUCAAAAGAAAAAUAUAAAUAAUGAAAACAAAAAAGUUAAUAACAGCAGAAAAUGGAAGUCGGAUAAUCCAACUUAGUGGCUCUUAACUCUUCAAGUGUGGGUCACGCAUAAGCCUCCAAAAAAAACCAACCUCUCCCCCACCCCAACUCUCAGAUUAUAUGAUACAGAACAUUCUGCCUCCAUUAUCUUCCUCCACGUAAAAUAAUGCAGGGUCUUUGAAAUAUCCGACUCCUGAUAUCUCACUACUUUCUUCUCCAAUUCACAGAACACCAUCAGAAGAAGCUCAGCCUUUUCCACUCUCAGGGUCUUGAAUUCUGGUAAAACAAUAAAUGCUCAGGUUGAAUGUCUAUUGUUCUCUCUUUCCAAAUCCAACAAAACCAAAAACUGGGGCUGGCUGCAGCUCAUGGAUAAUUCACUGUAACCGAAACCAAUUUCUGUCUGCAAGGGUGACCAUUAGAGCCCUCAAAGAUGAAAGAAAUGGAGGCACAAGUGGAUUACCUGGUCGUAAUUGGGACCCCGGAUUGGAAAUUGAGGUGCCUUAUGAACAAAGACCGGUGAAUGAGUACUCAUCACUUAAAGAUUCUUCUUUAUAUUCAUGGGCUGAAUUGGGCCCGGGAUCCUUUUUUCUUCGUCUUGGAGGUCUUUGGUUAGUCACUUUCACCACUCUAGGGGUGCCAAUUGCAGCUGCAAGCUUCAGUCCAGAAAAGGAUCCUCUGCGUUUUGUCUUGGCGGCUGGCACAGGAACUCUCUUUCUUGUUUCACUAAUUGUCUUGAGAAUUUAUCUGGGCUGGAGUUACGUUGGUGACAGACUUCUCUCAGCAGUCAUACCUUAUGAAGAAACUGGAUGGUACGAUGGACAAAUGUGGGUAAAACCACCAGAGAUUCUGGCUCGUGAUAGAUUGCUCGGUUCUUAUAAGGUUAAACCAGUCAUCCAGUUGCUGAAACAGACUCUAGUUGGGACAGGAGUUUUACUUGUUGCAGCCGUUUUUCUAUUUGUUUUUGCUACACCAGUCGAGGAUUUCAUUCAAAGCACCUUUUCCAAGGAGGACCCAUCUAAAGUUUCAGAUUCAAAAAUGGCAGCCAAGUUCAACAUAAGGAAAGAAGAACUUUUACGCUUGCCAGUAGAAGUGAAGUCUGAUGAUGACCUAGCAGCUGCUGCAGCUGAAGCAGCUGAUGGAAGGCCAGUUUACUGCAGAGACAGGUUUUAUCGAGCAUUAGCAGGAGGGCAAUACUGCAAGUGGGAAGACCUGAUCAAAUGA